AUGGAACAAAGUGGAUUCACCGGUGAUAUGGGUUUACACAGAUUUUGUCUUUUACAUGUUCGUAGAAAUUUAAGUUCACAUUUUCCUGGUUCUCAUUUGAAGAUGCUAUGUUGGUUGGCUGGAAACACUUCUCAAUUAAGAAAAUUUGAAGCAGCUAUGAACAAGAUAAAAGAGUUUAAUCCUGAUGCUGAGAAAUGGUUACGAAAUAUUCCAUUGGAGAUGUUGACUAUGUCUAAUGAUGGAGGAUAUCGCUAUGGUCAGGCGACUACAAAUAUGAUUGAAAGUUUCAACGGACUCUUAAGAUCAGCUUGUUUUCUUUCGGUCACAUCAAUGAUUGAUUAUAUAUAUUAUCGUUCUUUGAAGUUGGUUGUAGAAAGGCGCACUGAAAAAUUGAAUGACCUACAGAAUGGACAUACAUGUUGUAAAAAAUCGAGGGAGCUGUUUGAAAAAAUAUUAGAGAAGGCUUCAACCCACAAUGUUGUCCCAUAUAAUGAACAAAGAGGGGUCUUUGAGGUUAUCACUGCAUGUUAUCGAACAACGAAUGGAUAUUGGAAAUGUGGAAACAAACAUACACUAAAUUUGUUUCAUGGUUUCUGUUCUUGUGGAAAUUGGGGUCGGUAUCACUCUCCAUGCACACAUAUAGUUGCUGCUUGUUUGGUAUGUAAUCUUGAUUGGAAGCAAUACAUCGAAGGUUAUUACAACCUGACAAUAUUGUAUGAAAUGUGGAAGUACAAAUUUUAUCCAAUGGCAAAUCAAGCGUAUUGGACGUUUCCACUAGCAUACAACUGGGAGCUGUAUGGUACUGUUAAUGCUGACGAAAAUCUGAGAAAGAGGAUGAAGAAACGUGGACAGAGAGAUCAAAGUCAACGUAUUCGAACAGAAAUGGAUAACUCCCAAAUGAUUAAAACUUGUUGGAGAUGCGAUCAAAAAGGUCCCACUAGACGCAGUCGCCGUUGCCCACAACAUGGAAAAUAA